ACGACGAAUAAGGAGCCCCUGUUCUCUCGCAAGUUGCAGCGCCCACCCGAUUGCCGCGGCUUUCCACAGCUUUGACCGCUCCCGUCCCCGAGCGAGACCACAAAGCAAAGCGCAGACAAGACGCUUCUUCCAGCCGGCCCGCUCUGCACGGCGAGCACGGAGCAGAGCAAACGAGCGAGCUAGAGGUAGAGCCUUAGAGCCAGCGUGGAGGCGGGUCGGUCAUGGAGAAACAACCGAGCGGCUGGCGUGGGAGCAACGGCGGCCACGAGGAGAGUCUGCCCCUGCGCGGCGGCGGCGGCCUGGAGACGGAGGCAAGGGCGCCGCACCCCCACGCCGCGGACCAGCAGGAGGCGGGGCGGGGCAGGCACCGGCGCAACUGCGCGCGCGCCGCGCUGCUGCUCUGCCUGCUCACGCUCCCGGCCUGCAUCCUCGCCCUCUGGAACCUGCGGGCCGACUCCUCGUCGCAGAUGCUCUUCGACGUCGACCUCCCAAAGGACGACGACGACGACGGCCAAGAUAUAAGAGAUGAUAUGCCUGAUGAUUUAUCUCCAUCGGCACAAAUUGAUUAUGACAGACUUCUGGGUGGCCUUCUGAUCGAGGGAUUUGAUGAAAGAUCGUGUCGCAGCAGGUACCAGUUUGCACGUUAUCACAGGAAUGCAGCAAGAGUACUUUCUCCAUACCUCAUAGAAAGAUUAAGGAGACAAGAAGCACUGCAGAAGAAGUGUGGUCCAGGCACCAAAACAUACAACAAUGCUGUAAAACAGCUCAGGUCCACUCAGAGCAUCAACGGCACAUCGGAUUGCAACUAUCUCUUCCUGAUAAUCCAUGCCGGGAUGGGUAACCGGAUGCUUGAGAUCACUUCAGCGUUUCUUUACGCACUUUUGACAGGCAGGGUUUUGCUCGUGGACCGUUAUAAGCAGAUUGCCAACACUUUCUGUGAGCCUUUUCCUGGAACUUCAUGGUUGAUUCCUUCAGAUUUCCCUCUGAGCUAUAAUGAGUUCACCAAGCAUAGUCCAGAGAGCUAUGGUAACAUGUUCCAGGAAAAUGUUAUCCGUGGCAACACAUAUCGGUCUCUAGCCAGUGCUAGGCCUCCCUAUGUGUACCUCCAUCUUGAUGGUGACUACGCUUUCCACGACAAGCUUUUCUAUUGCGAAGACGAUCAACAGUUCCUGCAAGGUGUGCCGUGGCUGAUCAUGCGGACCGACAUGUACUUUGUGCCGUCACUGUUUCUUAUCCCAAGUUUCCAAGAUGAACUGAGCAAGCUGUUUCCUGAGAAGGACACCGUUUUCCAUCACUUGGGCCGGUAUCUUCUUCAUCCAACAAAUGAUAUCUGGUAUUCGGCGACAACGUACUACAGGGCCUACCUUGCUAAAGCUGAUAAAGUAGUGGGGAUUCAGAUCAGAAUAUUUGAAAAGAAGGGCAUCUUGCAAAGAAAUGGGCCAUUUCCACACGUUUUAGAACAGAUCCUUUCUUGUGCUCAAGGUGAAAAGCUGCUGCCAGAAAUCGGUGUGACCGAUGAAGCUGCCGCUCGGAAUAACCGGACAAUCGCCGUUCUCGCGACCUCUUUGAGCUCUUGGUACAGUGAUCAGAUCAGGGAAAGGUACAGCGAGCACCACACCGUCGACGGCACCACGGUGAAAGUUUACCAGCCGAGCCACGAGGAGUACCAGAAGAAGAAGAACAGGAAGCACAACAUGAAGGCGCUGGCGGAGAUCUACCUGCUGAGCAUGAGCGAUGUGCUCAUCACCAGCGGCUUCUCCACCUUCGGCUACGUCGCGCAGGGCCUCGCCGGCCUCACGCCGUGGAUCAUGUACAGGCCCGAGAACCACGUCGUGCCGGAGCCGCCGUGCGGCCGUGCCAUGUCCAUCGAGCCGUGCUUCCACCAGGCCCCCUACUUCGACUGCAAGGCCAAGAGGGACGCCGACCUGGGCAAGGUGGUGCCGUACGUGAGGCACUGCGAGGACGUCAGCUGGGGCCUCAAGAUUGUAAAUGAAACUCGGUUGUAGCUGCACGGGAAGGCAGCAGAGAGGCGUGUUACUUUCGAAGGAAUUCUCACUGGCAGGAGGUUUCUUUGGUCUGUAACGUACUUACGUUGAUGUUACCCUUGCCGUUGUCGGCUUUAUUUAUUUAAAGCCUGGUGCUCCUUGUGUCUGUUUUUUUUUCAGGCACCCAUCGAUUUGAGAUGACAAAUCCCACGAAACGACGUCUUGGCUAGAAUUUUUGGUGCAAGGAUCAAUUAUUGAUCAACUUGUCACAUGCAAGAAAUUCUUAUUUUCAUCAAUUUUUGAAUAAAUUAGUUGAUACUUGAGAAAUAA